AUGUCUGAGAAGGUUAUUCAUGCUGUUUUGUGUCAUGGUGAGCAUUCUGCUGCUUUUCCUGUUAAUAGUUUGACAACUGUAGAUGAAUUGAAGCAUUUUGCAUGCAAGCAUUGGAGGUCUUUGUCUCCUGGGAGUAUACGUUUCAGUUAUUUGGAUACUCAUCAAUUAGUUUUUGUACAAGGUGAUAUACAACUGCAAGGUUUGAUUGCUCUUUUUAUUCUUAUUAAGAAUGAAGAUUUCUAUUUGAACGUUGACGUGAUACAGAAUCAUACUUCUCGUUCUAAUUCUGGUUGUAGUACUAGUUCUAGUUCUAGUACUGCAAAUUCUUGUGUAACUGAUAGUCCUAAGAUGGUAAGGGUGGCAGAUCAUGAUGCAGACCAGGCCAAGCCUACGAUUUGCAAUGAAUGGAUUUAUGUUUUUGACAAAGUUGGCAGAGAAUUUAUGGGUUGUGUUAAAGCUGUUAAAAUUGCGGUUGAUAAGUACAAGAUGGCUACUGGUCACAAGAUUAUUAUUCUUAAAAAUGACAAGACUCGUUUUACUGCAAAGUGCGCAGAAAAUGAUUUUGGUUGGAGGAUUCACUUUGGGCCUGUCAAUGGUGACAUUUCUCGGUUCGUGCUGAAAGAUUCUAAUGUUAUUCACAGGUUGAAGAGUCCUGCGGUGACGACCAAGUUAGUCAAGCAUCUAAUCGCUGACAAUAUACAGGGUGAUCCUAGUCUAAAACCCAGACAGAUCAUGUCACUUUUUAAGAAGACUAAUCGGUCCAAUAUAAAGUAUCAUCAUGCCCGUAGAGAGAAAGAAGCUGUAUUUGAAGAACAGUUUGGUGAUGAUGAGAAGUCGUAUAGCGAUUUAAGUUGGGGUACUUUGAUGGCUGCAACAUGUGUCAAUAGAGACAAUGGUUUUUAUCCCUUUGCUUUUGCUCUUGUUUCUUAUGAAAACAAAGACAAUUGGUUUUGGUUUCUGGAUAAUCUUAAACAAGUUGUCGAUGGUCGUCAGAUUUGCAAUCUCCCCAUUGGAUCGGGUGAUGCGAAUUCAAAGGCUGUUAUUUAUUUGUUUUACAAAGCUUCUUACUCUUACACAACAGCUAACUUUGAAGAAGCUUUGAGGGCCAUGCAUGCAAUUGGAUGUGGACAUGUUGUUAACUAUAUCAGGACUAUUCCAAAGGAGAAAUGGGAAAAUGCAUUUUUCCAUAUAUGCAGAUAUAGUGCUCACUCUUCAACUCUUUCCGAGUCGUUCAACAACUGGAUUCUUGAUUACAAAAAGUUGUCUGCUUUUUCUCUUCUCUAUGCGAUACGUUUGAAGGUUAUGAAGAUGAAUUCUACGAGAAGGGUAGAAGGUCUAGAAACUUUCAACACCAGGCUCACUCCCACAUUUGAGGCUUUACUAAAGGAAAACAUCGACAUUGGUCGUACUUGGACUGUUACUGAGUCCAUGGAAAGAUUGUAUGAAGUCGCAUCACCCCGGACUCAUUCUGUAGAUAUAUUGCAGAAAACUUGUACAUGUCACAGGUGGCGAGUUAAUGGUUUUCCUUGCGCACAUGCUUGUAAUGCAAUUCAAUCUACGAGGGAGGACAUCUAUUCAUUUGUUGAGCCAUACUUCACCACUGAAUGGUACAACAAGACAUACGAGGAGAUCAUCUUGCCAAUCCCCAAUUAUGACAAGGCGCAGGCUUAUGAUCCUAGUGAUAGGAUUAUUGUUCCUAUUCUUGUUCCUCCACCUGGUAGACGGAAAGCACAACGUUUCAAGAAUGCUUGGGAGAAGCAAAAGAGACCUAUGAUGUGCACAAAGUGCUUCACCCUUGGUCACCACAACAGAGCUUCUUGCCCCAUGCUUUGA